AACCACGCCGCAUUUUGUGUUGUAAAGAAAAUAAAUGAAUAAUUUAAAAAAAAAUCUAUAUCGAUUAACAUGACAUGCUUAUUCUUAAUCAUAGGCAGUUCCAGUGAAAUUAAAUGAAAUAAAAUCGCCUUGGUAAACAACAACAACAAAAAACUACUUCAUUAUAGAUCUUAUCGUUUAUUACACGACUCGUUGGUUAGAGAUAAUAAAAUAUGUAGUGUAUUUUUGUGUCAACAUUUGUAGAAUUUGGACUGCCAGAAACAUGUCUUUUUCAUCCUAUAAAUAAAAUGAAAUUAAUCAUCAAUAAGCCCUUUUAAAUGAAUGCGAAAUGUAGGCCUAUUAGGCCUACCACCUGCCGAGGUGAGGCAUUGACGUUCCGAGUUUUAACGGCACGUAUCUGAAAAAUGAAACCUGAGCGCUCGGCUUUAAAUGGGCCGCCACAGGUCAGCUCCAACAGAUCACCGGGAGACACCUGAAAUUGCUUCUUAUAGAGAGAAAAUCUGUGUUUAAUUUAAAAAAGGCUAAAAAUCAAGAUGCUGAGCAGGAUUUUCUUCGCUUGUGCGCUUCUCGCUCUGUUCUGCGCAUGCUCCCCGCUGAGCUGCGGGUGGAUGGAUCAUAAAUUCAGACAGUACAGCGAAAACUCCUUAAAUCUGCUGGAUAUGAUGGUAAGAGAGCGGCUUUUAAACAUGGAUGCUGAGGUGAACACUGAGCCUUUCCCUCAUCACCUGUACAACCAGGCUUCUAGAGCAUCUGCUGAGGGUAAGCUUGCCUUCACGGUUCAGAUCCUGAGGGAGGUUUCUGCCCUGUUCGAGGAAGAUGACAGCUCUUCAUCGUGGCAGGAGAUCACAGUGGACCACUUUCUCAACAUUGUCAACAAACAGGCGGAUGAACUUCAGCUCUGUGUCGGAGGGGAAAAAAGACCAAGCAGGAGGCUGCACUCGUACUUUAGGAGGCUCUCACACAGCGUGUUUGGACAAAUGGGCCACCGUAUAGAAGCUUGGGAGCGGAUCCGGAGAGAAGUCAAAGACCAUCUAGUCAGAGCGGACCGUCUCGUUUCUUCUCUCUUCACCUCUAACUGAAAAAAAGCUUAAUUUUUUUACAAUGACAAGUUCAUUUGCUUAUUUAUGUAUCUAUUUAUUCAUGUAUUUAUUUUUCGCUCACUUUUGUAUCUGCGUUUAAAGAACAUGGAAUUAGCAAGCUUGCGAAAGAUAUGCUGAGAGACGAUACUUUUUUUUAAACUAUAUUUUAUUUAAAAAACAAUAAAAAUCACCCUCUAAAGCAAACUGAAAUCUGUUUACUGUUACACAUUGACUUUUAACAUGAAGUCAGCCUCACCAAGGCUCUGGUGGAUGGCAGAUUUGUGCUUCUGUCACAGAGGAAAAUGGUCACAAAAUUAUACAACAACCGAUCAAAGCACCAAAAAGAUCAGCUAAAAUCUCAGAUGUCAGAUCAAUUUCUUACAAUACUCAAACAAUACUCAGCGGCAUAAAAUCUACAGCACAAACAUUAGCCAGUUAUAAGCAAUCUUUACAAAAUCACGCUUUAGCAGUGGUUGUAGUAGUUCGGAGCGGGGGGCCUCACUGUGGGCUUUGAAACACAACGAAGGUGGUCUUGAAAAAAGCUUCAGAAAUUAAAUUAACUGUAGGACUGCACAUUAUUUGGCUAGAACUGUUACAAGAAAUUAAUUUUUUAUAUAUAUAUUUGUAACUGUAACGCAAUGGCACACCAUCCAGGGCAGCACCAUAAGCAUUAGAAAAAAAAUUGCCAAUUCCAGUCAACGGGCAGUGGGCCCCCACCGUGGACGUGCGCAGAGUGAGCACUGUGAAAAAAUAUUGCUGUACAACGUAGGUAGCUGCUGAAGCUGAUGUUUGUUCCUGGGCUCACAGCGUCCAAGCCAUUAAUCAAAUCUGAAAAUACUUUGACA